GUGCCAUCACAUAUGAUAAAACGUUUGGAAACUGAAACUCUUGAAAGCUGUGACGAAUGUGAUGAGAUGGCUUGAACGAGUAGCAGACAACCACAUAAGCAGAGAAGUCUAGAGAGGGAGAAGUCAUGGCCUGUGCCCGAGUGCCACUGGAUGAGCAGCAGGUGACUGAGCCAGGCCCACUUGGAAAAGAGCACACACUGCCUGCACUGCACCCAGCCAGGAAGGAGGAGCGCUGUUUUGUGCCUUACAAAUCCCCACCAGAAGACAGCUCUCCUGCUGAGGUGGAGGAGUUUUUGGAACAUGCCAAAUUCAUAACAGAGGACCUGGAGUGGCUGCUCGCACUGCCCCAUGACAAGUUCUGGUGUCAGGUGGUGUUUGAUGAGUCUCUGCAGAGAUGUCUAGAUUCAUACCUGCAUCAGGCUCCUCGCGGCCUUGACCUCGCCACCCUGCCCUCCUCCCCGGCAGUAGCCGACAUGCAGCGUUCUGUCCACAAGGCGGUCUUCUUGACCUUCCUCAGGAUGGCCACACAUAAAGAGUCCAAGGAGAACUUCCUCACCCCGGCUGUGUUUGGAGAAAUUAUCUAUGAGAACUUCCUGUUUGACAUUCCCAAAAUCCUGGAUUUGUGUGUGCUCUUUGGAAAGGGCAACAGCCAGCUGCUGCACAAGAUGAUAGAGAACAUCUUCACCCAGCAGCCGUCUUACUACGGCGACCUGGACGAGACGGUGCCCACUGUGUUACAGGUGUUCGACACCAUCCUGGAUAAGUGUGGCCUCCACUGUGAGGGAGCCACCGCCAUGGAGCCCAUGAAGCUAAACGCACACAAACAGCCCACUGCCAUGACCAUGAGCCAGCAGGAUCUUUCAGAUCUUAUUCUGUACCUGUGUGACUCGACCACCACCAUCCAUGCCUUCCUGGACAUUUUCCCUGCCGCCUGCUCCAGCUUUCACUCCCACGGCUUCCUCAGCAGACUGACCUCGUUUUAUGAGACCGCUGUGCCUGACCUCGAGAAGGCAGUGAGGAAGAGAAACUUUGAUGAUAAAGGUCUUCAGGAGGACUUGUGGAAGAGGUUGUCCCACUCCUGUCGUAAGAUAGUGGAGAUGGUUCAUCUGCUGCUGCAUCACACCUGCCUACAGCCGAUCCUGGAGGGGGGAGAAAACAUACAAACGUUUGCAGAGGAGCUCCUACAACAUUUCACAUCUAUUUUACCUGAGAAAAGGUUCUUGUCAGACUAUGAUGAGCAGUUCCCCAUCGCAGAUGACAUCAGCCUCCUACAACAGGCCCUCCCUGUCAUUGAUGAGACCAGGACGUCCUACCUGCUGCAGGGGGUGGAGAGUGCCUGGGACUUUGUUGGGCGACGGAAACCACACAGCCAGAUUCAACAUGAGGGAGCAGCGGGCGGUGCUGCUGCUGGCGCCUCCUCAGCUGGAUUUACUUUUCAGGAGGCUCGAGAGCAAGAAGAACGGGGAGGAGAGAGCCUGAGAGGAGCAGAGGCCAUGUUGGAUGUUCCCCGGAAAGGAAACAAUGGUGCGGUGUGUCCUGUGAGCGAGGCAGAGCUGGAAUCUCUGCUGUCGUGUAUCAGGGACCUGCUGCCUGAUCUGGGUGAAGGCUUCCUGCUGGCCUGCCUGCAGGAGUACGGCUACAACUCUGAGCUGGUCAUCAACAACAUCCUGGAGGACCGCCUGGCCCCCAACCUGGACAAACUGGACCGAGCCAUGCCAAGGCCAGUGAAGGAGAAGCUUCCAGAUGUUCUGCACACCAGAUCCAACGUGUUUGAUGAUGAUGAGUUUGACAUCUUCCGCAGGGACCAGGUGGACAUGUCCCGCAUCUGGAAGGGCAGGAGGAAAGGUGAGAGCACUCGAGAGAUGCUGAACGACAAGCGGCACAUAGCAGAGCAGAAAGCUCGUUAUCAGGCCUACGAGACGGUGGUGGACGAGGUCGUCAUUGAACCUGGUGAGAGUGCAGAAGCCUACGGCCUGGACGACUACGACGACGAGUACGAUGACACCUACGACAUGAGCCAAGUGGGAGCGAAUGACCUGGAUGGAGACAGUUUACUGAACAGAAGACCUUUCACAGUCCCACAGGUACUGAGAAAAGGAAACAAACCAGAAUUGGAGGAGGAGGAUGAAGAUGAGGAGGAAGACACACUUCAGAACAAUGUGAACAGGGACCAGUUUGUGCAGGACCCGGCUCUGCUGAGAGAGAGGGCUGAGGCCAGGAGAGCUGCCAUGCAACAAAGGAAAGGUUUCCGACCAGAGCGUUCCAGUAACGUGGUGGGCCAACCCAAAGGCCAAGGACAAACCCUGGAGACAUACCUGGACCGACGCAAGAAGGAGGCCAACAAGAGCCGAGGGGCAAACCACAACCGCCGCACCAUGGCUGAUCGCAAGAGGAACAAAGGCAUGAUCCCCUCCUGACCGGCGUGACGGCCUGCUGCUCGAACCAAAACAGACUGAUGGUAGGAGGGACGGAUGGCAGGAAGGUAGCUGAGGUGUGCGUCAGUGGAGGGAGAGAAAAACUGGGACUUGUGACAGGUGUCGUUCUGGGUUAAACUUUGUGCCCAGAUUUGUCCCCAUGAUCACACCUCAGCCCCGAAGUCGCCGUCUUUGCUUGAAGGAAAAGCUACGGAAGGUUUUCAGUUGGUUGAAAGUUGUAUUAGUUUAACGACUUAUCAGAAGUUGCCAAGCAGCUUGUUGACAUGUUCGAAACUGAACAUCUUCUUUUAGUGUUUGAGCCUAAAGGACGUUCAGCCCUUUGGCCCAAAUAGUUUUCUUUUAUAGCUCAUUAUAAAACCAAAGUCCUGAGUGUGAGCCAGAGACCGAGGACAAAGAAUAAGACAUUUAUUUUUGCCAAGUAACAAAUCAGUUUAUUAAUAAGAUUCAAAAUGAUUGAAUGAAGUUUCUUUGACAUCAUCAUCAUCAUCAUCAUCAUCAUCAAAUAGACAACAUAGGAAUAAAAGGAAGUGACAUCCAGGGUUUUGGAGAAACUGUGGUUUCUUCUGUAGCUGGAAGAACAAUUACUGACCUGGUGAUCAAGUCUGGACAUCAGUGGCACACUGUGUUGCUCCUUGUACUCAUCGUCUACGAGAAGCUUGUGUUAAAGCUUGUUGCAUGUAGCGUUCAAGUGCAUGCAUGCAAUGUCAUCCACCCAGUUCACACCACUUUUGUCCAGCCUUCGUAAAAACAAAAGAAGUUUCUAGAAAAAGAACUCAACUCGUAAUGAUGCUGUUGUGUUUGGAAGCACGUGCUGUACAGAGGCGCCUCACCUCUCUCACACUAACUGUGGGGAAACCUCCGACAUGUUGCCAUGCACAGACGAUUUUCUAUGAAGAGAACAGAUCUAUCAGAGCAUUUUGUAACAAAAAAAGCACAUUUAAUUGCUUUUUGAAGUUGACAUUACAAAAAAGAAACAUAAAAUAAAUACUAUAAUUCUA